CUCUCUCUUUGAAUGAUACAGCAAAUGGCAGUUUCCUCCUCCCUUGCUAGUCAAAAAAUUUUGCAGUAUAAAUUAGUCCCCACCCUAAGCUUCCAACAAAAUAUUAAGUACUCUCUUUAUUUCUCUCUACCUUUAUCUGUUUCUUGUGCAGGGCUCUCUCUUACAAAAGAAAUGAAAUCAUUUAAUUUCUUUGGUGUUCUCAUCCUUAUGUUGUUUUGUUCAAUCCUGUUUGCAGUCGAGGCCCGUCCUCUCAAUGGUGCCUCGAUUUAUUAUCUGUCAUUGAAUGCUGUAAAGGCUGGUCCGAGUCCUGGCGCAGGACACAAAUUUACCGAUGCGAAAACACUUGGGGGAAUUAAGGAUUCUGGUCCGAGCCCCCCUGGCGAUGGACACAAAUUUACCAAUGCGAAGACACUUGGGGGAAUUAAGAAUUCUGGUCCGAGCCCUGGUGAAGGAAACAAAUUUACCAAUGCUUACACACAUGGAGUAGUUAAGAAAUCUGGUCCAAGCCCUGGAGAUGGCCACUAGUUUGCCUUGCAAUUGCAUGGAGCUCAAUAUAUAUCUAUUCUUUAAUUCCAUUAUUUUAAUUCUUUACUGUUAGUAGUGGGACACGAAAUAUAUUGAUUUUUUAGUGUUUUACGUAUAAUUCUUUUUCCAUGUAAUGUUGAAUUUUUCAUUUUUAUGGAAUAACAAAAAGGUUUGAAUUGUA